UUUCGAAAGGAGCGUACAUCAACUCGCAUUAUGUACGCUUGUUAAUUUAGCGUUUAACUGCUAGGAAUCGCCUAGCGAAUUUCAAAUUUUAUAUUAGGAAAAAAAAAAAUCGAUUAAAGACAGUAGCGAUUGUUUACCUCGAAAAAUGCUUUCUCCUAUCUAAUCACGAAUUAGUUUAAGAAAAAUAAUAGUCGGGAGUUCGUGAUAUCGACGUCAUCGACGUGAGCUUGACGUCAUAGAUUGUUGUUAAGACGUAAGCAAGACUGUAUUCCGAAAGGAAGAACGGGAUGCAGUGUGCUCUGUCGAAGAAUCCGCCACACAUUCGUUUGACAGAUUAUUUUCCAAAAUGAUUUUUGAAAAUAAUUCGAAAUCCUGAUUUGGACAUUUUGAAAAAUUAAAUAUGGGUAGUAGUUGCUCGUCGGCCCAAAAGAAAAAGAAUAAGGAAAGACAUACUUCUCACGGAGGAUAUUCACCCAUUCAAGACAGGCGAAGAAGUUCCAUAAGAUCGACGGACAGCAUACCUUAUGGAAAAGAAUCUCCACCAUCUUCACGACUUCCAAGCGACGCGGCUCACGGACCCGAACAAUUGCCCACAUCUGCCGGAGCAAAAUCCGACAGCACCGGGGGAGAAUGGAGCGAAAUGUCUGCCACUUCACCACCACCCACCGGUGGUUCGAUAUCUUCAUCCAUAAACAAAGACAUGCAAAACGCCGAAAACGUAGGACUUCCCGAUCUUCAGAAAUUUCCCGAAAACAUUCGCAAUUUGCUAAUGGGAAAAAUCGAAAACGAAAUCGUGGUUCCUUCCAAGGAGAUAGCGCUCUUCUUAUGCGCCGGAUAUUACGACACGGAAGUGGAAAGGAGUGCUUUGAUCGAGAACGUAUUUCCAAAACUGAGAUAUCACUGUGCCAAACAGGGAUACGAAUUAAACGUGGUGGAUCUCCACUGGGGAAUACCGGGAGACUGUCUUUACAAUCAUAGUUUUCGAGAACUCUGCAUAAACGUCAUGGAAGAUCUGAAGCAGAGGAGACACUUGUUGGCUUUGGUUUUCUUGAACGACAACCUUGGAGCAUCGGUACCUCCCCGUGCCAUGCCACAAUCGGACUUCGAAACGUUGAUGAACGGCGUAGAAUUGGAAGAAGAAAAGCAAACUUUUCAAAAAUGGUACAAGUUAGACACGAACUCUGAGUCUACUUCUUACAUCUUACGUCCCAUUUCGGAUCACAUUCCGAACAUCAACAGCGAAAACUGGACCGACAGACAAGAAGCCAUGAAUCUGUGGAGAGCGGAAUCGAGAAAAAUCGUGGAAACUUUCAAAAAAAUACUGCAACAAGAUCAGAGAGACAAAUACUUAUCUACAGUUUUCGAAGACGAAAUCUUGAACAUCGUUUCGGACGACUUACACCAGGCGAAGAGAUGUAUUUGGGUGCAGAGAAGAUUUACACAUCUUCCUCCUCAGGGAGAAGGAGAAAGCGUAGCGCCGGAAGAGAGCCUUCGUCGACCUCUAAACGUCACGGACUGGAAACGAGUGGACAGAAUGAAGCGUUACCUGGAAGACCACUUGCCGGAUACGCAAAAAUUAGUAUUUUACGUCAAGUGGAACGAGAGUGGACUUUCCAACCACGAAUUACCGGAACACGCCCGCUACUUGGAAACCCUAUGCGAAACCAUGAGAGAAGAGCUGCAAAAAAUGAUCGAUGCGGUAAUCGAAGACGACUUAAUGGAAGAGGCGCACACGCCUUAUUCAGGAAUCGAGCGUUCUUUGCGUGUCGAAUUAAUGCAGCAGGCCAACGAGUGCAAACGACACGGCCAGUAUUUUACAGGGAGAGAGAAUCUGUUAGCCAAGUGCAAAGAAUAUUUGGACAGUAAAGUUUCUAUGCCGCUCAUACUUCACGGCCCUCCCGGAUGCGGUAAAUCGGGAUUAAUAGCGAAAUUAAUGGAAAAAUGCAGCGAGUGGCAACCGGAUGCCGCCGCGGUGGUAAGAUUCGUAAACAUUACUCCCGAAUCAUCAACUCAGGAACAUUUACUGCGCAGUAUAAGCGAACAGUGUUGCGCUCUUUAUGGAGAACACCCGUCAGUGGCUUCUGAGAGUAUCGAAAAACACGGCUCCGCUCUCGGAAUAUUAUUAGAAAAAGUGUCCGCUCAACGACCUCUGGUCAUCGUCAUCGACGGCUUGGAUCAAACGGCCAAUUACAGUAAUCGUGACUUAAAAUGGCUUCCUAAGGAACUGCCUAAUCAUGUCAAGCUUUUAUUGACGGUGCGAGACGACACGGGAGAGUUUGAAGAGAUCAAGAAAUUGAUCAGCGAAGAGUCGUGUUUUGUUUCUGUCGAUCACAUUAGCAUAGAGGAACGAAUCGAUCUGGUAAGAGAAAUCUUAAAAAAACAUCAGAGGCAGUUAACGGCACAACAGUUCCAAUCGGUGAAAACUUGUUUGGAGAAGUCGCCGAGCGUUAAUUACGCCCAAUUAUUAGGUCAUUAUUGCAUAAAAUGGAGUAGUGAUGACACGGGCUACGAAACGUUACCCGAUAACGACAUUGAGGAUUUAUUAAUCAAAGAAAUUUCCGAUUACGUGGGAUCUAAUGUGUUGUUCUUCAUCUUUGGUUUACUGGUAACCGCAAAACACGGCUUAUCGGAUAGUGAACUUUUAGAUAUCUUGUCGUGCAACGACGACGUCCUGAAACGAAUCUACGGGGGUAGAAAGUGCCGCAUACAACGGGUUCCGUGUUUCACUUGGAAUUUCAUUCGUUCGUGUCUACGUCGUGAACUCAGAUCGAAAGUAAUCGGCGGAAGAUUAUUAACUUUCUGUAGUUACGGAAUCGCUAAUGUAUUGCGCGAGAAAUACGUGGAUAAAAAUAUUCUAGAGAAAUGUGUUAACGCUAUAAAGGAUUACUACCAGGAAAAACAUGAGGGAGAAGCCACGGAAAAUGGAAAUCACAGGUAUAUUAUGGAGCAGCCCAUUAUGUUCGAUAAUUGUCCAAAUCGUCGUAAACUGGACGAACUACCCCUGUGUUGUCUGACUUCGGAAGACGAGAUAAAAAAGAAGUUCCUACUCGAUCCAAAUUGGCUUUUACUUAAGUUUCAAGGUUCCGAUCCUUAUCAAUUUCUAGAAGAUUUAACUAUAUAUAAACAAACCUUGGACACCGUCGACGAAGAAAUAGAAUUAAUGUACCAAUUAAUCCAAUUAUCCAGCUAUUCUCUUCGAUACGAUGGUUCGCAAUUUUUUGCUCAGAUGUACGGACGAUUAAUGAAAAUUAUGACCGAUAACAGCAACUGCGAAAAGUAUCCGUCGAUCAGGACUUUGUUUGAAACCUCCUCUUGCCCCUCCAUAACUAAUCUUCUGCCGCUAAAAACUUGUCUUCGCGAACCUCUUCAGGCUAACGAAGAUACCAAAGACAACAAAGUACCGAUGAGUUUAUACAGAAUUAAAGACGAUGAUUCACACAUGAUCUCUUUAUCGAUGGAGAGGGGAGAGAUCACGGUAUGGAAUAUAUACGAACAAAUUCCCGUCAGAACUUUAACUGGUGUGACGCAACCUAGAGAUAUCAAAUUAAUCGAUAAACACAAGGCAUUAGUCUUAUGCAAUCGUGAACUUAAAGUGUACGACUUAGACGAUGGAAACUUGAUUAUAAAAUUAAAAGGAGUUAUGAAUCAAAAAAUGCCCUAUUACGGACUGCACGACCAAAAUUAUGUAGUUGCUCUCUCACGUAACAGAAUGUACGUUAAUAUGAUGAAUUUGGCUACCGGUGAUUUAGAGACUACUUUUAAAGUUGGCGAAGACAGAUUCCUCAACAGUUUAUUAGUCAGUGCUAAUGGAAGGAUAUGUGUGUGUGGUGACGAAACCCAAAAGCCAUUUCCUUUACUUGUAUGGGAUUUGUCAAAUCGUAAAUUAGUAUAUGACCUUCGCAUCCCUCAUCACGAGUUCAUCACACGACUUUCUGCCAUCAGCGAUGAUGGACAUUACGUCGUAUCUGUUUGCAGAGAACUUCACGAUACGUCGCCUAAUUUCAUCAUAGUGUACGAUUUACAAAGUGGAACGUUGUUCAAAAAAUGGAAACCGGAGAGCAAUAGUUGCAGUAUCGCUAUUUCGUCCCAAGGAGGAUGUAUAGUUAACGGCUUAGAAAACACCUGGCUUCUAAUUUGGGAUUUAGUUACGGGCGCACGAAGAUUUACUUUAAGGGGCCAUACUGCACCAGUAGAUCAGAUACGAAUGAGCGAAACGGGGUCCAGGUGUCUCACAUACGAUUCACUGGGAAGAGAUCGAAGUCUACGAUUAUGGGACGUGACCAAGGGUGAGUGUUUAGCAGUAUUCACUCCAGAUCAAUCGCUGAUAUGUUGUGAACUUUCUAUGGACGGGAAAGCUAUUGUGUUAGGAUUAGAUGGAAAGCGAGAUAUAGUUACAUUAGUGGUUUGUCAUAAUACUACCGCUGAUGAACAAAUUUCUACAGGUCAUUACGGGAAACCAGAACAUAAAGGAAAAGUUUUCUGUGUUAGUCAGCACGGUUAAAAAUCCGAGAAAAACCAACAAACGAAAUAAACUGUGAUAAUCAGCACAAGAUGCUUUUGUAAAAAAAAAAAACUGACGGAAAUAAGAAAAUGAAGUUCGCUGUUGUUUUUUGUUCAUCAGUAAUAAUUUGUAUAUCAAAUUCCGUUAGAAUCAGUGUAUACAAACUGCCAAAAAUUUUCGUAUCGGAACAUUUCGAGGAAGUUAAAAAAACGAGGUUGUUCGAAGAAAAAUUAUUGUAUUUUAUUAACGGAACUGUUCCUUAUCGUGCUAUGCAGGUAGUACUUCAUUUAUUGUAAAUAAUGUUUAUCCAGUUUAUUGUAAAUAUUCUUUUCUUAUCAAAUGGCAUUUUUGAUUUAGUUUUACUCCAUAAACUUACAUUUAAAAACCAAUCUAAUAUCUUAAAAAAAAAUUAAUCUUUUGUAAUGACACAAUGUUGUGAGAAAAUGCGAUUUUUGUUUUUACUUUUAGAUGUUCACAUUAAAAAAGCAGUAUCUCAUUGUGUAAUUAUUUGCGCAUUUUUUACGCUUCUAAGUGACGUAUCUAGUUUAUCUCUCUAAAGACUUCCUACAGUUGUCGUUUUUAUGUAUAUACUAUUUGUAUGUUUGAUGGAAACAUGAAUUGUGCCAAAUAAGCACAAGUUCUUUGACAUUAGAGUUGUCGUGUUCAAAGUUU